AUGAAGUCUUUUUGUGACGGAGUGACCGGAUAUGGUAAACAAUUUCCGCAAAAAGUGAAUGCUAAACCAAAUCAAAUUGAAAACUUAGAAAUGGGCGACAAUUCCAAUAUAAAACAGGACGACAAUAAGAUCGGUCUUCUCAGUGAGGUAUGGCAUGAAUUUGCCCGGUAUUGCGAAAACAGCACCAUCCAUGGCGUAAAAUAUCUGGGAAGGAAAAAUGUGCAUUGGUCCGAACGAAUUUGGUGGAUACUUUCCUUUGCCAUUGCGGCAGUGAUAUGCAUUUCGUGCAUAAACAAAAUGUAUCUGAAAAUAACACCGACCACCAUCACUUUCGAUGACAAUUACACGCCAAUAUCCGAGAUCCCGUUUCCAACUGUAACCAUUUGUAAUCCGUUUACGGUGGACACUGGAGUUCUCAACUAUUCCGGCAUAAAUCAACAGAUUUUGGAUUCGAACUACACGAAUUCGUUGAGCCGGAAGGUGAUUCAGCAAAUGUAUUCGGCAAGCUUAUUUUGCCGCAAUGGCACAACGAUACGCGAAUACAUAAAACGGAAUAAUGAAACGAUUGACCGGGACAUUUGGCCAUACUUAAAACAAAUAUCUCCCGGAAUAGGAAUGCGUGAGUGUAAAUUGUCGCGAAGAGAUAUUUAUUGUCCUGACCUCUUCACCAAGGUCCUAACAUUUUACGGAACGUGUUACACAUUCAACCAUUUGAGUUCAGAGGAGGUUUAUCAUGAAAAAGAGCUGGCCGAUGAUUUUCCAAAAUUUAAGAAAAAUUUAAUCGAAAAGUCUAACUCGACGUGGCCGCAUAAGAAGUUCACGAAUUUCCACGACAAUCCGGACAUCAUUUUCGACCUACGAAUAUUUCAAACAGACAACGAUCCCAGCUGUAACCUCUAUCCGAGAGAUCUUCUUCUAUUCAUUCAUCCGGCCGAAGAUCAGGAUGCGUCCAAGGAAAUAUCCGUACCGUUGGACCAUAUAUCACGCGUAAAUUUACGACCGAAUAAAAUCACAACCGAUCAAAAUUUGAUAAAUGCACUGUCGAAAGAGGAACGGAAAUGCGUCAACAUCAACGACCCAAUGGAGACGAACCUAACAUUUUUCCGCAAAUAUUCGCAAAAGAAUUGUUACUACGAAAAGUUUGUGCGCCGAUUGAUUUCGGACUGUAGAUGCGCAUUUUUUUGGAUGCCACGAUGGAACGAGACAGAACUGUGUAACUGGGAAUCGCAUCGUGAUUGUUGGUCGUCGGUUGACCAAAGUUUCGUCCAUGGAUCCGCCGAAUGCCUGCCAGCUUGUAAUUCGUUUACUUACGAUGCCACAAUGAUUACACACAAUGAAAAUAUCAGCUCAGCAGAUGGAAGACUGGUUAAAAUUGCAAUCUUUUUCGAUGAUCAUCAGUACUUGUUCAUGAGGCGAUCGGAAAUUUAUGGACCGCUCACUUUUUACGCUGGCUGUGCGGGCAUUUUGAGUUUAUUUAUGGGUGCAUCGUUUCUUAGUGUCAGUGAAAUAUUGUAUUUCGUUGCGCUUCGACCGUGCUGGAAUCGACGACAAAGGAAAACGGAAACGUUACAACAACGUGACGAGUUGAAAGAAAGUUUGAAAAUAACAAUAACUAUGAAGCCUCACUUGGAGCAGCAAACCUAACUUAUCUCACAUACGACGAAGGACG